CAGAAGCCCGAUUACUUGGAUCCCGCCGAGACAGAAAUCUGGAAUAAACUGAUGGCCGAGUUUGAGCCGACGGAACUCAUGGUGCAGGACAUUUCCGGCGGAUGCGGCUCUAUGUACGGCAUCGAGAUUGCUUCGGACAAGUUUCGCGGCGCAAAUAUGCUCAAGCAGCAGCGCAUGGUGAAUGCCGUUCUGGGCGAGCAGAUGAAGGGGUGGCAUGGGGUACAGUUGCGGACUAAAGUUCCG